AUGUCAUCAACCGGAAAAUGCUUUGAUAUCGGUGUAGCUACGAGUCAAUCAUUGCAAGAAUUCGAACGUCGUCAAAUGAUUCUUGUUAAGAAAUACAACAUCUCUUGUGAAGAAAUAGACUAUAUUUCUGAUGAAAAAGACUUCAUCAAUGAAUUCAACGUCUAUUGUAGCGAGAAUGGAGUUGCCGGUAAUGGAGCGCUUAUGCGUCUUGCACCAGUACCGCUUUUUUUCUAUCGAUUUCCGCCAUAUGCUGUAGAAUAUUCGGGUCGUAGUGGACGAAUCACUCAUGGUGAUGUAAAAGCUUAUGAUGCCUGUCGUUAUUAUGGUGCUCUCAUUGUUGCUGCUCUUCAGGGCUACACAAGAGAUCAACUUCUCGAUAGAAAGUUUUAUUCGAAACAUAUCGAAUGGUUUAAUGGAAGACCUCUGUGUAGUGAGAUUAAACAAAUUGCUGAAGGUUCUUAUCAGAAACUCGGUGGAUAUGAGGAUGGAAUUCGAGGCAAAGGAUAUAUUGUUAAUGCUCUUGAAGCAGCCUUAUGGGCAUUUUGGUCUGAUGGAAAUUCAUUUGAACGAGGUGCUCUUGCUGCUGUGAAUCUUGGUGAUGAUACUGACACAACAGCUGCCAUAUAUGGACAAUUAGCUGGUGCUUACUAUGGUUACAAAAAACUGCCUCGACAAUGGGUGAAAUAUGUUUAUGCUAAGAAGUUUAUGUUAAACUUGAGCAGUUGGAUUGCUUAUGAAGGACAAAUGUGGGAGCCAUCAGAAACUUUACCUGCAGAUAUGCAAUCAUCGCCAUAUCCAGGUGAAACGAGUAAUAGAAUAGCUGUAUAUGAGGCGAACUUGAAUAUGUACACCUCCCGGAGAGGCGCAGCUGCUUCUAUGGUUCGUUCACCGGAACAUGAUGAAACAUUUGAUGAAGAAAAAUACGAGAAUCCAAGAAAACUUCGUUUUAUUCAACCAGAUGCUUCUGCGAACCAUGUGAUUUCGCCAUCAGCGCUGCCGAUGAAUAAAGAAACAGUUAAACAUAAUAAUAUGACCUCGCAUUUUAAUUCUGAACCUGAAUAUGAGGAAGCGAUUAAUGAAGCACGUCUCCACAGACCGACGUUGAAUACAUGUUCUUCAACAACUGAACCAUGUGUUCACUCAGUUAAUACGAUUCAUCAUUUCGAAAAAGCACCACGUGACAAUGGCAAGUAUAAAUUGGCGCUGCGGGGCACAAAAUCAAUUAACUCUACAGAUGAACACAUUCCAUCAACCCGGAUAGCUUUGAAUAAAAGGCCUUCUGACCAAGAUGAUAGGCUUUCAAAAGUCCUCGCUGAACAACAUUCUCCGGAAAAAAAUGUCGAAUCUUUUGAAAAUAUCACAUAUUCAAACCGAGCCGGACCACGAAAUCCAACACCGAUAAAUCAUUCCAAUGUGAAUAAACAUGGUGACCUUAUAGCACCAGAACAAAGCUGCCUUCCACAAGACACAGCUUCUCUUUCACAAUCUUUUGUAAGGUACCCCAAAUGUGCAUCACAGAGAGUGAAUACAUCUCAAUUUCAUGUAACCGAAGCUCCUACAAGAGAAUCGCGUCUUGUUCGACCAAUAUCCAAUGUUUCUCAUUCCCAAGUUACCACUGAUAAGCAAACUAAGGACAAUCAGUUAUCACCGAAACCAGCAGCUGAGUUGGCAACUCCACCACAAGCAAAAAUUAAACCAAGAAAACAAUCACGCUCGAGAAAAACAAUGGAUACAGGCUCACUUGACUUAAUGUCUAUUUACCGAGGACAUAAUGACAAGUACAAUAAUAGUAAAUAA